AUGAGUAGCGGGUAUUCCUCUGCACCGAGUGUGUCUCAUACAUCAAGUGACACAGAUUUGAAUCGAAUCGACAGCUAUGAUGAUGGAGCUGAAGAGACAACAGAUGAACAACGAAUGUGUGGUCUGAGUGAGCUUGUGACAUCGUGUCUCACGUCAUCUCGUUUGAAGGCUAUCGACGAAGAAGAUGAAGAAGAAAAUUGUAAUGAUAUUGAAAUUGUUGGAUUGAGCAAGACGACGACAAAAGUGAAAAGAUCCAAGAAAGUUCUGUCUUGCCCGAUUGUUUCGAGUAGUACGAAGAAAGAGAAUGGAAAUGCGGCGCCAUUUCUCAAAUCUAGUCAGUUCACGGAUGUUCCACCAACAAUUCGAUUCUACACAAAGGGGACUAAAGUAACAAAACCCGCCAGAAAGAUUCAAGCAAGAUUGACAUGGUGUCACAAUAGUCUUCUACCAAUUGUCAUGCGUCAAACGUUGGCAGCCAGUCAUUUUACGGUCGUCGACGAAUCUCUGUUCUAUGUCGGAUAUUGGGGUCGUCAUCUGAAAUCAGCCCAAUAUCGAGCUCUCCAACCACAUCAAAAAGUUAAUCAUUUCCCUGGAGCAUUUCAUAUUGGACGAAAGGAUCGGUUAUGGAUGCACAUUCGAAAGCAGCAAGAACGUUUUGAAGGCGAAUUCGAUAUUAUGCCAUUCACAUAUAUUCUUCCAACUGAUCGACAAGAACUUUUGAAAUACUUGGAGACGGAUGCAUCGAGACAUGUUAUCGUCAAACCGCCAGCAUCAGCUCGUGGAACGGGAAUUUCUGUUACUAGAAAACCGAAAGAUUUUCCAACAACUGCAACUCUUGUCGCUCAGCAUUAUAUUGAACGUCCACUGACCAUUAAUCGUGCAAAAUUCGAUCUUCGUCUCUACGCGUAUGUUCCAACAUUUGAACCACUACGUGUUUAUAUUUAUGAUCAAGGAUUGGUCCGGUUUGCCAGUGUACCAUACAGUCACUCGGUCUCAACUAUCUCUAACAAAUAUAUGCAUCUCACUAAUUAUAGUAUCAACAAAUUAGCUGAAGCCGACGGCGUUGCCAAUAAACCAGUACCAAAAUGGACUCUACACCAUUUAUGGGAACACUUUGAUGAAAUGGGUGUAGAUCGUGAAAAGAUUCAGAGAGAAAUUGAAGAAGUCAUCAUUAAAGCAUUCAUUUCAACUGAAAAACCAAUCAGAGAGCACAUGUCACGAUUCUUGGAACAGGAAUUCAUUUGUUAUGAACUUUUUGGAAUUGAUAUUAUAUUGGAUGAAGACUAUAAACCGUGGUUGUUGGAAGUCAAUAUUUCACCUUCUCUUCAUUCGGGAACUCCACUUGAUGUUUCUGUGAAGGCUCCACUUGCAAAGGAUGUACUCAAUUUGGCAGGAGUAUAUGUUCCUCCAAGUUUCGACAAGCUCAGUGAUGCGGAUUAUAGCACCCGUCCCCGUAAUGGAAGGAAGAAUCGUGAACAAUUGAUCAAAGAAGCUUCAUGGGUUGCUGCUUAUAAAGAUCAACUUGGAGUAAUCGAUAAUCGAAUUUUCAAACGGCUCACCCCAGAAGAUACUCGAGCUUUGGUUGAAUUUGAAGACGAACUUGAACGAAUUGGAGAUUUUAAAUUGGUCUUCCCAACAGCUCACACUUCACAUUAUCAAAAAUAUUUCGCUGAAACUAUCUACAUGAACAUUCUGCUCCAACAAUGGCAAAUUGCUCAAGAAGAUGAUCGUUCAAUUGGAAUCAACCGCCUCGAACAGCUUUGCCGUCAAAAACACAUGCAAUCAGAUCAGGAAACAUCAUUUUAAAUCUCUGCCCAUUUCAGUGCUAGAAUUCCAUGUUGCGGGUUAUUAUACUUACAGCUUCCCAGAUUUCUUUUUUUCCUAUCAAAUGUGCCUUUCAUUGUUUACAACUAAUUCCACUUUUUUUCCAAAUUUUUUUAUGUUGUUGCCUUUCUAUGUUUUUUCUAUUAUGAACGAAUCUUGUUGA